GCUGGUCAGUUGUUUUUCUAGGGCGCAGCCACGCCGCAGGUUGUUCUGACUUUGCCCUUCUGUCGUUCUACACCUUGAGUGAAGUUGCCCAUGUCCUUCGAUCCUCGAGACCGUAGCGCUGUUUUGUUUUGGAGCAGACGAAGGCUCGUUAUCCAAUAUGACGAAUCACUUGCACCGACAAUUGGCUGAGAAGCGAGAGAUCAAGGUGCUGAUCAGCCUAUGCCUAGGUAGCCAGUGAAGCGCAAGCUGCGGCAGCUGUUGACGAUCGCAUGGAAGCAUAUCCCGCAGUUGAGGUUCGGCGGCCUCCAUGACGUCGUGAGCAUCCCCGUUUUGCAGGUGACACCACCACAACUCAUAGUCGUUCAAAGCUUCAAGCUCAGCUCUUCUUUUUUUUUCCUUUCGUCGUUUGGUCCUAAUACCUCUCUUUUCUAGUAAUCCUCCUUCACGGAGAGACCUGAUGGAUAUGUGCUAAACAGCACUCGUACACAAUCUCCACGCCCUCUGGUCCCUACCUAGAGCCUUGCCGGUUUCGACCCUCCGUGUAGCUGGGACUCAUUCAGAUCGGUCACCAUGGUGUCUUUGUGGGGAAGUAGCAAGAAGGACAACGGCCACGCCCCUCAAGAGGAGGACGAAGACAGUGCCGCAGCCACCGCAUCCCAUCCUCAGUCCAGCGGACCUCCAGAAGAAGCCAAUGAAAGAACACGGCUACUGCCUCGCCGUGAUCGAGGCCCCGGAUUUCUCAGUCCUGAUGACCCUGCUGUCUCACCCUACAACCUGUUCUCGGUGAGAGCUCUGCGAUGGCUCGAAGUCUUCUUUUUGAUGAUCACAUGCCUGUGGUGGACCUUGCUCUUCAUAUCCAUCUUCGUCAGUCCUCCUCAUUUCAACUCGAGAGGCUCGGGCUUCUUUGACGUCGCCUGGACCACCCUCACCAUUGGCAACAUCCUGACCGCUCUUCUCUUCUUUGCUACUCCAUCCACGGCCAUGAGCGUUCUGAGCAUGGCAAUUUCAGUCAUCCUGUUGAUCGACAUGAUUAUUAUCCUCGCAGUACCUCGUAUCAGACUCGAAGAGGGCUGGAUUGGGAUUGCAUCGGUAAUAUGGGCAGCCUUGAUCGGCCUAUAUAAUGUCAUAACGAACAGGGCGGUUCAGUGGGGGAAGGCGGAAGAGGAAGUACGGCUUACUGGUCGCCAGGAGACACGCCGUUCUCUGAGAGAGUGGUGUGCUGUCCUGACAGCAACCAUUCUUAUGGUUAUCUACGUGAUCAUCGUUGUCUUGCUUACGGCUGUACUGGUAUUGCGCUCGAGGGACGCUACGUUGGCGGCUCCUGGCGAGCGGUAUUUGGUGGAUGGUGACAAAUAUGCCGUCCACUUCGCUUGCGUUGGCAACCAGACCUUUGAUGCAGACGGCAAGCCGAACCCCACUGUCCUGCUUGAGGGAGGCUAUAUGCCUGUGGAAGACAGCUUCGAGGGAUGGGCCUUCGACGCGUGGACGAAUGGUACGAUUGACCGAUACUGCUACUGGGAUCGACCUGGGAUUGCAUGGUCCGACAACGCGCCGUCUCCCCACUCCGCUGGCAUGUCCGCGGAUGCAAUCUCUGAGGCGCUGGCAAUUUCAGGUGAAGAAGGCCCGUGGAUCCUGGUGUCUGCGGGUAUCGGCAGCGUCUACAGCAGAGUCUUUUCUGCUAGACAUCCGCGUGACAUCAGGGGAAUGAUGUUCAUCGAUGGCCUCCACGAAGACCUUCUCUACAAGGUCGGCGCUCCUGGUCGUGGAUUCAUUCUGUGGGGGCGUGGGAUCAUAUCUCCGCUCGGUCUCGAUCGCUUAGCGGGAGCUUUGUUCAGGGGUCGAACCAAGGAAGACAGGGUCUUUGGCAAGUCCUCCUACCAGGGCGGCAAGUUUAUCAAGAACAAGCUGCAAGAAAACCUGGUAGCCGAUUCAUUGACCAAGAACGAGGUUGUCAGCGCCCGCAAUAUCCAAGAUCGCAGUGUUCCUCUUGUUGUGGUCACUUCAGGAGUCCAUUUGAAAAAGGACAAGGACUGGGAGCGGAAGCAAGAAGAUUUGACGAAGGUGACUGACAAGUUGGUCGCCUGGGAUGUUGUGAAAGGAGCACCGUCAGAAGAAGUCUGGAGGUCAGAUGAAGGACGAAAGGUCUUGGAAAAGCGGCUAGGGCAAUUGUACAAGGCUUCAUGAUGAGUACCGGCAAAUCUUCUGUUUGAUGUGCACGAAGUUAUGAGCUGGGAAUGUUGAUAUUCGGGGCAUUGAUGGCGUUUCUGGAAGUACAUAUGAGGUGGAGUUUGAAUUGCCAGCAUACGAUAACCAAUACUGUGGGCCAUGGAGUUAUGGUUCUGUGAUGUUGCUGUGGGUAUCUAGCGGUUCAUUUAUACAUGUCUUUUUACUGACUCUUCGACGGAUUGAAAGAGUGGUUUUGUAAUCAGUCAUAGUGAAGACAGCAAGAUCUUCUAGUGGGCCG